CAGUAACCCUGGUUUCUGGGUAUGAGAGCUGGGACAAGCUUUCUUAUUUUUUAUAUAAAAUUAGUUUGGGAAAAUUAGGUUGUCGGAUAGUUGGAAAUUUUUGUAUACUCCUUUUUCGGAUACGGAUCCCAGAUCCGAAAACCUUAUUAUAGAGUGAUAAUGAAUAUUAGUGGACAUUGGAAAUUAGAUUAUAAGCUCAUGGGGAGAUAUCCCCGGUGAAUCUAAAUCCCCUGGUAUGAUCAUGGGCGGUCCUCCGUAUACGUUCUUUUAUCAUAUUCAAUACGACCCUGUCAACAUUAAAUUCAAACCCCGCCAUAUAAUAAGCCUUUAACCCUAUACAUAAGAGUAGAUAAAACCAGUCUUAUCAGUAGUCUUAUAUUAAAUUCAACUUUAACUAUUCUCCAGAUGCAUGCCAUUAUUCGAGAUGGUGGCGCCGUUCUUGUCCAUUGUGUUGCUGGUGUUAGCCGUUCAGCAUCUAUUUGUCUUGCCUAUUUGCUCAAAUAUCGAACUCGGUCAUUACGUGUUGCUUAUCAUUUAAUGUGUGAAAAACGACCUUUAGUUAGACCAAAUAUUGGAUUUUGGAGGCAAUUAAUUUGUUAUGAACAGUUGAUCAAAGGUAAUAUUGGCUCAGUACGAAUUGUGAGAGAUGAGGCACAGCCUGAUAAAUUACUUCCUGAUGUUUACCUCAAAUCUGUAAUUCCUGAUAAAUAUAGCCGACCAUUGUCUCCCACAAAUGUUGGUGAGGAUUCCUCAGUUCAUCAUUUAAAGCCUAUGGCCGAUGAAAGUUAUUUGUCUGGACAUACUUCUGGUCGGCAUCGUCGUCGUUCUUCCUCUGGAGGUUCAGAUCGUGUUCGGUUUGUUCCAGUUUUGGAGCCUUUGGCUGAACUUGCCGAAGCUGCUGGAUAAUAACGAUUAAUUUAUUUAAUCAAAAGAAAAAAAAUAAUUUUUAAAAUUGUUCUCAUAUUUAUAUCUCUCUCUCAUUUUUUAGUAUUUAGUAUUUAUUUCUUUUUAACCACCAUUUUUUGAAAUUUAAAUAUUUUAUUUUUCAAAUGCUUUUUGAAGUUAUCAUUUUAAAGAAAACUUGCUUCUUUAAUGUAAAAGCAGGGAAUAUUAUUUGAAUUUGGGUAACACCCUGACUUUAGGGUGUGAGUUGUGGGGUUAGGUUGCUGGGGAGGGUAUGUCGAGGUUUGACUGAGGGUAAUAUCUACAUAAAU